AUGGCUAGCGACAAAGGUGCCGUGUUAACGUUGCUAGCGUGUCUCGUGCUAGCACUAGCGUCCACCACGCGCGCACACUUCAAUACUUCCAUCAUUCUCACCAACCACUUACACCCGUUUGAAAUAGAUGACUACUUUCUCAUAGAAAAGCAUAACUCUAGAAGAUACAGACGCUACAGACGAGCUGCGCAUUCACUUAUAUCACCGUUUGACAUGUCCAGACUCUUCAAGAAGAAGAAGUUAAAAAGUAGACCGGAAUACCAGCCCAGCGCAUCACCGUUGCAAGCAUAUGGUCAACUCGUAAACUUCGCGACGCUCGUCACCGAAGACAGCACCGAUCUAAUAGCAUCCCCUACUUCAACAUUAGAGAGUACUACAAAAAAGUACCUACCGGUGGUUAAUCUUUCUUUGAAUGCUACAAAUGUAAAUGUAAAUAAGAAACAAAAAGCAAAAUCAGAAAUUGCAACUAAAACCGAUACUAAAAGUACAAAUGGGACCAAAAUACGGAAUGACAAGGGAGGAAAAGGAUCAGGAAACGGCAAGGCAUCCCGCAAGUCGCGACUGGUGAAGAAGAAACCUCCAGACGAGGCAGCGUGGCCCGUCAAACAUGCUGCCGUCGUCGAGGGCGAUAUUGUUCUAGGAGGACUCAUGAUGGUGCACAGUCGUUCGGAGGGCGCCACUUGCGGGCCGGUGAUGGCGCAGGGGGGGGUGCAGGCGCUGGAGGCGAUGCUGUUCGCGCUGGACGCGGCGGCGCGCACGCGGCUGCCGCCCGCGGGCGUCGCGCUCGGCGCGCACGUGCUCGACGACUGCGACAACGACACCUACGGCCUCGAGAUGGCGCUCGACUUCAUCAAAGGUGGGCCCCGGCAAGAGUGCGAGGUUGUUAGCCGCUGCAGAUGCAAAUGGGACCGAUAUAGGAGUACCUUGCGAUACGCGAUUGCACUUGAAACUGCUAUUGUGCCUAUUCCACUCUACGAUGAAGUUACAUGUUCGAUCAGCAACAUCGACGACGCGGAAUACGCGUGCAACGCGACCGCCGUGCGCAAGGUGAUAUCCGGCGUGGUCGGCGCCGCCUCCAGCGUCACCUCCGUGCAAGUCGCCAACCUGCUGCGACUCUUCAAGAUACCGCAGGUAUCGUUCUUCUCGACGUCACCGGAACUUUCAAAUAAAGCCCGUUUUGAAUACUUCACGCGGACGAUUCCCUCGGACCUUCAUCAAGUGCGCGCCAUGGUCGAGAUCGUAAAGAAACUCGGCUGGAGAUACGUGUCGAUCAUUUAUGAGGAAUCAAACUAUGGCAUAAAGGCUUUCGAAGAAUUAGAGACACUACUCGCGCGGAAUAAUAUCUGUAUAGCAGUGAAGGAGAGACUGGUAAAGGAUUCGGGAGAAGCUGACGAAGAAGCGUAUAAUGCGAUCGUUACGCGUCUACUCUCCAGACCUAGAGCUCGAGGUGUGAUAGUGUUCGGGUCGGAUCAGGAAGUAGCGGGGGUAAUGGCGGCGGUGGGUCGCCUGAAAGUGACCGACGCGUUUGGCUGGGUGGGCUCCGACGGGUGGAGCGCGCGCGCGCUAGUCUCCGAUGGCAACGAGCCUGCAGUCGAAGGAACCAUCAGUGUGCAACCACAAGCUAAUCCUGUUCGCGGCUUCAAGGAAUACUUUCUUAACCUCACCGUCGAGAACAACCCAAGGAACCCCUGGUUUGUCGAAUUUUGGGAAGACCACUUCCGCUGUCGUUACCCGGGCAGCCCGCGUACACCAUACAACGUGCAGUACAAGCAACUGUGCACGGGAAAGGAACGCUUAUCUGACGAAAACACGGAAUUUGAAGGCCAAUUACAAUUCGUGGUCGACGCUGUCUUCGCAUUUGUUUAUGCCAUCAGAGACAUGCACAAUGACCUAUGCGGCGGCAAACCUGGUUUAUGCGAGGCGAUGCGUCCGGCGAGCGGCGCCACUCUUCUCCGUUAUUUGCGCCAAGUACGCUUCACAGGUUUGAGUGGCGAUGAAUUCCAUUUCGACAGCAACGGUGAUGGUCCAGCGCGAUAUAAUAUACUGCAUUUCAAACAAGUUUCUCGAGGCGUGUACCGGUGGCUCAAAGUUGGCGAAUAUUUGGACGGAGAGCUUGAAUUAGAUAUGAAUGAGAUACAGUUCAAGUGGGACGAGCGUCGCCCGCCCGAGUCAGUGUGCAGCGCGGAGUGCGAGCUGGGACAGGCCAAGCAGUACGUGGAGGGGGAGAGCUGCUGCUGGCACUGCUUCAACUGCACGCAGUACGAAAUCCGGUCGCCGCUGUCGGAGACGGCGUGCGUGGAGUGCGCGCGGGGCACGCUGCCCGACGCCGCGCGCGUGCGGUGCGCGCCCGUGCCCGAGCUGUACCUGCGCCCCGACGCGCCCGCCGCCAUCGGCGCCAUGGCCUUCUCGGCGCUGGGCGCGCUGCUCACCGUGGCGGUGGCGGGCGUGUGGGCGGCGCGCGGCGGCACGCCCGUGGUGCGCGCCAGCGGCCGCGAGCUGUCGCUGGUGCUGCUGGCGGGCAUCCUCAUGUGCUACCUGGUCACCUUCGCGCUCGUGCAGCGACCCACCGAUCUGCUCUGCUCGCUGCAGAGGUUCGGUACCGGGUUUUGCUUUACGGUAGUCUACGCGGCUCUGCUCACUAAGACCAACAGGAUAGCGCGUAUCUUCGCUGCAAGCAAGCAUUCGGCGCGCCGACCCUCGCUCAUCUCACCGAAGUCCCAGCUGGUCAUCUGUGCGAUCCUCGUUUCUAUACAGGUGGUGAUAGUAGUGGUGUGGCAGGUGGUGUCGCCGGCGCGCGCCAUCCACCACCACCCGGCGCGCGAGGACAACAUGCUCGUGUGCGACUCCUACGUGGACGCCUCCUACACCAUCGCCUUCUUCUACCCGGUCGUGCUGAUCAUCGUGUGCACCGUCUAUGCAGUACUCACACGCAAGAUUCCGGAGGCUUUCAACGAGAGCAAGCACAUCGGGUUCACAAUGUACACGACGUGUGUGAUCUGGCUCGCGUUCGUGCCGCUGUACUUCGGCACGGCGAGCCACGUGCCGCUGCGCGUCACCAGCAUGGCGGUCACCAUCUCGCUCAGCGCCAGCGUCACUCUCGUCUGCCUCUUCUCGCCCAAGCUGUACAUAAUAAUCGUGCGACCGGAACGCAACGUGCGGGCGAGCCUGAUGCCCAACCGCUGGAGGUCGAUGACAGGCGCGGGCGCGGGCGGCGCGGCGGGGGGGCGCGGCGCGGCGGGGGGCGCCGUGUGCGCCGCGCUGGUGGGCGCCGCGCCCCUCCCGCGCGCGCCGCCCCCCGCGCCCGACCUCACGCCCUCCACCGACCUCUCUACGCUCAACGACACAGAGCGAAGCUGGUCAGAUCGUCAGGUGCAAACGGAGGAGUCGUCGUUGUAUCCGCGGCUGAAGGCGGACAGUCGGGGUGAGAACGGCGUGCAGCUGGACGCGCGCCGCCUGGUGGGGCUCCGCGCCGGCGUGCCGCCCUUCCCCGCGCCCCCCGCGCCCGCCGCCGCCGCCGCCGUCGCGCCCGCGGUGGCGCUGCUGCGCUCCGACGCGGCGUUAUAG